GUGUUUUGUUUUGCAAUCGCAAUAUUGUCAGGGAGGACUGUCCUCCUCGGCCACCGUAUGGUAUCGUGGCGUUCGCUGAUGUGCAAAGACUUCCCCCAGUGAAUUGGUUACCUGAUAACUGUAAUUUCUGGAUCGGUAAAUCUGAAUUUGUUGCCCCUCGCAUUAAAUACACCACCGGACAGCAUUUUCUUUCCCGGGUCAAGAUGAGGCGCGCCGGUUUGGGUGAAGGAGGCUCUGGGAGUUAUGUAGCAAGUGGAUACAGUGUGUAUGAAGAGGAAAAUGAACACCUACAGGAGGGACUGAGAGCUAAAGUCAACGCUUUGAAAAGUCUGUCUAUUGACAUCGGUACGGAAGUGAAAUACCAGAAUAAAAUGCUGGACGAUAUGGACACAGACUUUGACUCAACAGGCGGCCUGCUUGGCGCCACCAUAGGCAGAGUGAAGCAGCUGUCCAGAGGCAGUCAGACCAAAGUGUUGUGCUACAUGCUGCUCUUCUGCUUUUUUGUCUUCUUCGUCCUGUACUGGUUCAUCAAGCUGAGGUGAUAGGGCGGUCCUCCUAGAUUUGGCCCUUUUCACUUCACAUCUUCCUCCCCAGUCGGUGCCAUGCUGAUGCAACUCAAAACUAGACCAACAUAUUGAUGAUGAGGAAUGGCAGGGUUUUUUUUUUUUUAAAAGUAUCUGUUUUACUGCCCUGGUGUCUGUUAACACUUCAUACAAUGACCCCAAAAUUGAGUAAUGAAAGGACUUCUACUGAUGCUAUUUGAUGGAAAAGUAAAACUGGUGUAGAAAAGUGCAAAAGAUGUGAGGUGAUUAAUGAUCACGUGAAGCAGGUAUCAUGUAUACCUUAAGUAGACAAUGUCAGUAUUUGUAUGUACUUGAUAUCAGCCCAUAUCACCUGAGCUGAGAAGAUGAGACAUAACAUUAAACAUAUAAGAACUGGAGAAGAUACUACUGUGCCAAUAACCUUAAAGCAGUAGUGGGCAUAUUGAAUGAUAUACAGCACCAAAACUGUGGAUCACUUGAUCAAACAACCCCAGUUGUGUCGAAAGUGAUUAAGUUAUAGAAUGCUAGCUGAAACAAAUAAUCUAGUGUAUUUGCUUUCAAGAAUGAAUGGAAAUAUUACAGCUUUUGUCAUCCAUACAAACAAUAAUAGUGUAAUUCCUUGAUGUUCAAAUUUUGUUGUAAAAAUGUUUUUUAAUGUAAAUAAAGACAUUUUAUGCUCUGA